GCGUACAUUACGACAUAAUUUGUGUACCGCCGCCCAUACCCACCCGUCCACCCGUAGCAGCAGCUGAUAGAACAUAUGGAUGCUUUCCAUUGCUUUCUUCCACCCCAUCUCGUACGCGUACAUUAGAAUUGAUAACGAAUCCCUUUAAAAAUCGGAGCAAUUUAAAUUUCGGGCAUUAUCAAUCAAGUUCGUCCGACGAAAGACUCACACAAAGCAGAAUCUCAACGAGCUAUUGUACGAUCAAUGCACAAAAUACGCAAUUGAACGAACAUGUCCAUUUGAUUGUUUCGAGUGUUGAUCCGAUAACUCGUUAGGCUUCUACUGCGAUGGCAUUACAUUAAUUGAAUUAAAAUAUGACCGGAACCAAGCAGCAAGUAAUGUGUUUAUGAUGUGAAUCGUUAGCGAGAACCAAUUGCGCCAAACCUGUCCGUACGAACGUAAGCUUUUUCUAAUCGACUACAACCGCAAUGGGUCGUUAUCAAGGUAUCGCCGUGUGGGAGAGUGUCCCAUUUUCAAUGCAUUUUCCAUUUUGUGCAUCAGCAUAAUACGACGAAUCAUUAGUGGCCGCCCCGACGGUGCUGGCGGUGGCCUGUUUUGCGUACGCAGCGGUGCCAGCAGCCUUUGACAGAACCGUUUACAAUUAAUCGCCCAUUCGACGCAGGAGACGUACGUGGAGGCCGCACGCGCCGUAAGCGCAAAAGAGAUAGGAAGCACAUUACACACGGGCUCUCCUGUCCCGUUCUGUCUGAGAGCCCUUGCAUACGCGGGCGCCCUCUUUUGCCUUUCGACCGUUAGCAGAAUUCUCUUUCACUCUCGCGUUUCGCUCGAAGCUUGCUUGCUCUUGCUCUCGCGCACGCCUCUUCUCUCCCGCUCACGCAUCGAAGCGGGCUGUGAGUUUAGGUCGACUGUCCAUGCUGUCUUUUGGGUUCAAUUUGCUGUCAAACCGCUCACCGCACAGACGGGCCUCGGAAUUGUGUGUGCAAGCGCGCGUGCGUUCUAUUGCGAGAUUUAUUUUUCUAUCACCCGUAUUAUUUACCCACUCGCUCUUGGUUUUUUGUUGGAGCUGUUCGGUCCGUGUUGGAAACACUUCGGCAGAUAGUUUUUUAUUUUUGGCUGUAAUAUGUCAGAACUCCUCUGACCGUGCGUAUCGUGUGAAAAGUGACUAAAUGUGAUUGUGCUUUAAACGAAAUAAAAAAAAAGUGGCAGUACAAAAAAACCGGCCCAAAACGUGCAAGAAGAUUAUCCUCCACGAGUUCUUGUAGCAAUCGAGAACCUACUCACGUGAAAUCAUCUGCUCAGACGACGACGCGUGUCUCUCACACCCCGUGUAAGGUGGUGUGGUGAAAGCAGAUCACAGAUACACGCACGCCCGGUGUGUCGUUUGUUGAUUCAGCUUGUCGCAGUCGUCAUCAUCACCGGUAGAACCCUAGACCGGAGCAACAGGCAUCAAGCAGACGGCCACACAGCGCUACUGCUGCUGCCGGUACAGUAAAAUCACGCGUAGGUGAAAAGUUGCGACUUUCCGCCGGUUUGCAAAUUCGGAGUGUGCUGCAUUCGAGCAUCGCGUGUGUGUGUGCGUGUGUAGGUGGUGGGUUUACUAAAUUGGCAAGCGACAGCGAUUUCCUCCCCGAGUCGUGCCCGGCACAGCGUCGUCACCAUGUUCAGCCCCGAGUACGAGAAGCGGUACAUGCAGCUCCGCAGUCCCGCGGCCCGCAGUCUAUUCUCGGCAAGCGAAUCUUCCUCGGCGCACGAUCGCUUCAUUCCCUGCCGUGCCAACAACAACUGGACGACAAACUUUGCCACGAUCAGCACAAAGUCGAACGAGAAUUCGCCCCAAUCGACGAAGAAGCAGCGCGACUGUGGCGAGAAUGCACGGGACAGCCUGGCCUACAGCUGUCUGCUGAAGAACGAGCUGCUCGGCACGGGCAUCGAUGACGUGAAGCUGGUGGCAGACGACAAGAAUGGUAGCGGCGGCGGCGGUGGCGGAGGUGGCGGCGGUGGAGGCGGUGGCGGAGCUGGUGGCGGUGGUCUGCAUGCAAACAGCCAGCGGACCGGUCUGUUCAAAUAUCAGUCACCGACGAAACAGGACUACAACGAACAAUGCCCGUACUCGCUGUCGCCCGUCAGCAUCAAAAGCCAGAAGCUGCUCCGUUCGCCCCGGAAGGCGACGCGCAAAAUCUCCAAAAUCCCGUUCAAAGUGCUGGACGCGCCGGAACUGCAGGACGACUUCUAUCUCAACCUCGUCGACUGGUCCGCCCAGAAUGUGCUGGCCGUUGGGCUGGGCAGCUGCGUUUACCUCUGGAGUGCAUGCACCAGCCAGGUGACGCGGCUGUGCGAUCUCAGCUCCGAUUCCAACACGAUCACGUCCGUCUCGUGGAGCGAACGGGGCCAUCAGCUAGCGGUAGGAACGCAGCACGGAUACGUCACCGUUUGGGAUGUAGCCGCUAGCAAACAGGUGAACAAACUGCAAGGCCACUCGGCACGCGUCGGAGCCCUCGCCUGGAACGGGGACGUCCUAUCGAGCGGGUCUAGGGACCGUCUGAUCAUGCAGCGGGACACGCGCACCCCGUCGCAGGUCCCCGAGCGAAGGCUGGCCGGCCACCGGCAGGAGGUGUGCGGGUUGAAAUGGUCCCCGGACAACCAGUACCUGGCGAGCGGGGGCAACGACAACCGGCUGUACGUGUGGAACCAGCACUCCUCCACGCCGGUCCACUCGUACUCGGAGCAUAUGGCGGCGGUGAAAGCGAUCGCCUGGUCGCCGCACCAUCACGGCCUGCUAGCGAGCGGUGGCGGUACGGCCGACCGGUGCAUACGCUUCUGGAACACGCUCACCGGCCAGCCGAUGCAGUGCGUCGACACCGGUUCGCAGGUGUGCAAUCUGGCCUGGUCCAAGCACUCGUCCGAGCUCGUGUCCACGCACGGCUACUCCCAGAACCAGAUACUCGUGUGGAAGUACCCGUCGCUGACGCAGGUGGCCAAGCUGACGGGCCACUCGUACCGCGUGCUCUACCUCGCCCUCAGCCCCGACGGUGAAGCGAUCGUGACGGGGGCAGGGGACGAAACGCUGCGCUUCUGGAACGUCUUCAGCAAGGCACGGUCACAGAAGGAAAACAAGAGCGUGCUGAAUCUGUUCACCAACAUUCGGUAAAACCGUUGCGGAGCUCGCGCAAAGCCCGCGGACGGGAAAAGGAUAUCUGUACAUAGUGUCUAGCAUCGAAGCGUAUAGCGAUUUUAAGCGAAUGCGUGUAUGUGUGUGGUUUUUCCUUUUUGCUAUAGGAAUAUUUUAUAUUCUAUAUAUAUUUUCUUUCCUGUUUUUUUGCACUACUACCCACAAAUCUUUCGUAAUUUUUUGUUGUUUUAAGCUAGUUUUCCCCCGCUUUUUCCAAUGCAAGAAGAAAAUCGGGAUAAUCACAGCAUUAUGCAGUAGCAACGAAACUUGCGCGUCUAUUAGCGAAACAACACAUAAUUAAGGUUUCUUUAUUGUUUUGCUACGCUUUUCUUUUUUUUUUAAUUCUUGUAAAAUAUUUUUGUUAUACUUUCUUUGCAUUCUUAGUGAUUAAUGCAGUGAAAUCGCCACAAUCCCUUUCUGUUCGUUCGGAGCAGCAUCACACCUCGAUACCCAAAACGCGGGUGUUGCUGUUCGAUGGAAAAGGGGGGUAUAUAGUUUAUGAUGCAUCAUUUCUUUAAUGCAGCACGGUCGCAUCGACUUUUUUUGUUUUUUUUUUCUUUUCAUUUUUUUUUUUGGGAUUGAAUAGUGUUAAAUAAGUUUUUCCAGCGCAUUGAGUGUUUUGUCAUUGCGCGUUUUUUUGCAGUGUAAUUAGCUUUAGUUUAGGGUUAGGUUUAGAUAGGCCCUACAUUUUUUUUUGUCUGUUUUUUUGCGGUCAGUAUGCGUGCUGAAAAAGCAUGCGUGCACGCGACUGUGUUCAAAUUGCAUAGGAAUAAAUGAUUAAGGCGCAUAAUCAAUCAUUCACCACUUUGCUACGGCUUCUCCCACCCCCUCCCCUUUGGUUUGGUGAGCCAAUGCGACCUUGCUUCCUUGGUAGACGAAGGGGGGAUGGAAGAGAGCGUACUGUAUCUUUCAAGGCAAGAAUGAAACCCUUCGCGGGUUUGUACGGAGCGAUUGCGGCAUUUAAUUGCAAAAGUUUUGCAUUGUACGCGUUUAAAACUCAUAAUCCUUAACGCUGGUCAAACAUGGGAAAACUGAUUGGAAAAUUCAAACCCCCCCUCCCCCGUAGAGGAUGUAUUUAUUUAUAUUUGCAAAUUAGUUUGUAGUCAUCGGUAGUGAAGUAAGUGAGCUGAUUUUGCGAGUGUGAUUGAAAUUCUAUAAACUGUGUUUGUUUCCAAAUUAAGUUCAGGAGGAUACCGAAGCUAUACGUGUAUCGAUUGCCUCUCCGCUUGAAAGGGGAACACCUGUGCAGAGGUUUUACUGUCAAAAAAUGCAAUCUAGAGUUCCUUCCCAAUUGGAGAACACCUCAUGUAAGGCUUCGAAGGGGCAACAACACACCAAACAUGCACUGUGUUGCUGUGUGUUUGCUAGUUUAGCCAGUAGUAGGACUGCCGUCUCUCGAACACAACAAACCCCAUAUAAACGUGUGUAAGUGCUAAUACAUGUAAGGAAGAAAAAUGUGUCUUCACUCUACUGCCUGCCUCUGUACCAUUGAGGUGUAACGAUACUACUGAAAAAGAUGCCGAUUAAAAUUAAGCUCACAAAAGCUCACGGGCGAAAAAAGUUGUAUGAAAGUGUAAAAAUAAAUUUAAAACAUAUGCAAAGAAAA